AUGGAAAAUAUUCAAGAAGUUCCAAAUGAACAGGAAUUGGAAACAUGGGAGGAAAAAGAAUUAUAUAUGAUUGAGAUGUUGCAUAGUUUGACACUUAAGGUGAAGGUAAAGAAGAUGGAAGCUAAACUUUAUCGAAAGCGGGAGUUUGAUUUGCAACAUUAUUUAUCAAAUACCCCAUGUGAAGAUCUAUCUCAGUGUGAAUGGCAAUUAUCUUUGUUAAAGUUGAUGAAACUUCGUCAGAAGAAUGAUCAAAUUUGUCAGGAGAUUAAAUGGUAUCAAGGUCAGAUAGACACAUGGAAAGCAGAAUUGUCAGACCUGAGGCUUCAUAAAUUAAAAUCUCGAGGUUUUAUGCAAUGGCUUAAACAUCUCUCUGAUAAGUCACCGUUUAUGUGUAGGAAAUACCGUUCACAAACGGAGCUUCCUGGAAUUACUGGAAUCUGA